AUGCGCUUCCUUAUUUUAUCGAUAUUUUCUGAAUACCCUGCACUCGAGAUUUCAAAUUUACCAAUUUGCAACUAUCACUGCAUUGGCGCCAUCAUCAGAGGAAAUCGAUCCUGCUCCGAUUCGUGGGACAACGAUUCGGAAGAGUAUCAUCUUUUCAAAGAAUACUUUCACAAAUGUACUCAAGAAGGAAUUACUUUGCCAGUAGAAGAUAGGUGUUGGGAAAAUUGCAUUGCUCCAGGGAUGGAGUACACGGGCGCUGCUGACUGUGAAGAUGGAUUUGGGGAUGGAGACCAGGAUGAAGAUAUUUUCUUCAAAUGUCUCAUAGACUUAGCGGUUACGGCUGCCGAAUGCCUUGCAAAUUGCGAUCAGAAAAAAUAG